AUGUCGUCAUUUUCGGUAAGGUUCUUAGCGGCGCUGCUGCUUUGCGCGUUGGGCGCUACUGCUUUCGAAACAGUUGAUUGGUGGGAGUCCGCCACCCUUUAUCAGAUUUAUCCGCGUUCCUUUAUGGACAGCGAUGGCGAUGGUAUAGGCGAUUUGAAUGGCAUCACCUCACGGCUGGCGUUUUUUAAGGAAAUUGGUGUUACAGCAACCUGGAUCUCACCCAUAUAUGAUUCACCGAUGGCUGAUAUGGGCUAUGACGUCGCGAAUUUUACGAAAAUUGACCCACUCUUCGGCACAAUGGAGGAUUUCGAUGAUAUGUUGGCUAAGGCGCAUGAAUUGGAUUUGAAACUAGUUUUAGACUUUGUGCCCAAUCAUUCGAGUGACGAGUGCGAGUGGUUCCAAAAGUCGAUACUCCGCGAAGAAGGCUACGAUGAUUUCUAUGUAUGGGAUGAUGGCAAAAUUGACACAGAGACGGGCGAGCGUUCACCACCAAGUAAUUGGGUGUCGGUUUUCGGUGGUUCUGCGUGGACCUGGGUUGAAGAACGGCAACAGUACUAUCUGCAUCAGUUUCUAGCGAAGCAACCUGAUUUCAACUUCACUAAUCCCGCGGUGCGUGAGCGUAUGUUGGAAAUAAUGAAAUUUUGGCUCGAUCGUGGUGUAGACGGUUUUCGCAUGGAUGCCACAAAUUUUUUGGUUGAAAAACGUUUCGAAAAUGGCACAUAUCCAGACGAACCACCGAGCGGCAUACCGAAUGACCCGAAUGGUAAUACAACUCCUCCCAACCACAUCUACACCAUGGAUCUAUGGGAAAAUACUGAAAUUAUUUACGAGUGGCGCGAAUUUUUGGACGAAUAUCAGAGACUUAAUGGUGGAGAUACAAGAGCUAUGAUAAUCGAGGCGUACUCUCCUGUUGACGUUCUGAGCGGUUAUAUUUCUAAUGGCACCAAUGUCGGUGGUCAGAUGCCAAUGAAUUUUAAUUUCGUAAAACUGGACGAAAACUCCAAUGCGGAGACUAUUGAAACACAAGCUAAUGAAUGGAUGGAUGUCAUAUGGGCCAGACAUAAAAUGGCGAAUUGGGUGGCAAACAAUCAUGACAACAGUCGCUUACCAACACGUAUGGGUGAGAGCAAAGUGGAUGCGAUGACUAUGAUAAUACAUGCACUGCCCGGUACAUCGGUUACUUAUUACGGCGAAGAGAUCGGAAUGCCUGAUGGAGAAAUCGAUUGCACUGGAGACUCUUGCAACUUUCGUGAUCCAGAGCGCACGCCGAUGCAGUGGAAUGGAUCGGAGAAUGCCGGCUUCAGCACAGGCAACUCAACGUGGUUGCCCGUUAAUCCCAACUACAAAUACUUAAAUGUACAAGUUCAACGAGGAGCUGCGCGUAGCAGCUUGCAGAUUUUCAAGGGCAUGACGGCGUUGAAGAAAACGGAUGCUUUUAAAGCGUUCAAGGAGGAGGGCGGCUUUUCUUAUAAAGCUCUGUCAAAGCAGGUUUUCCAAGUCGUAAGAACCGAGGUCGAUCGCGAGGAAUAUCGUGCGCUUGCCAAUUUAGGCAACCAAAUUGAAUAUUUCGAUGGAUUGACUAACAAAACAAUGGAGUACGUCUUGCUUAACUCUUAUUCACCACACAGAUACGGUCACAAGCUUGAUUUAAGCGGAAGAAUUUAUUUGAUGCCUUAUGAAGCUAUCGUCUUACGCUGGUCGGCAUGAAGGUUCUCCUAAAAAAUUACAUAUAUAUUAUU